AUGAUUCAGAAAGGCAUAGAGCCUAAUACAAUCACUUACAAUUCUUUAAUUGAUGGUUACUGUUUGCAAAAUAGAAUGGAUGAAGCUGUCAAAGCAUUUAAAACGAUGGUUAGAAAGGGUUGUUCGCCUUCUAUUGUUAGCUAUAGCAUAUUGAUCCAUGGAUAUUGUAAAAAUAAAAGAAUUGACGAGGCAAUGAGUCUCUUCCAUGAAAUGACUAACAAUGGCAUGAUUCCCAAUGUUGUCACUUACACCACUCUUAUAGGCGGGUUUUGUCGAGUUGGGAGACCUAAGAAUGCAUUAGAGCUACUCCAUGAGAUGCAAGGUUGUGGCCAACAUCCUGAUUGCCAAACUUAUGCUAUUUUGUUAGACGGUCUGUGUAAGAAUCUACACUUUCAAGAGGCAAUGACAUUGUUUCAUGAGAUGGAAGACAAAAAGUUAGACCAUAAUGUUGUGAUUUACAGCAUCUGGAUUGAUGGUAUGUGUAAUGCUGGGAAAUUAACGAAUGCAAGAGAACUCUUUAAUACUCUUCCUACCAAAGGUUUGCAAGCUGAUGUUCAGACUUACACAAUAAUGAUCAAAGGGCUUUGCAAAGAGGAUCUACUAAAGGAAGCGAGGGUGCUAUUUGAGCAAAUGGAGAAAAAUGGUUGUUCACCUGACCAUUUCUCAUAUAACACAAUCAUCCAAGGUUUCUUGCAACAUAAUGAGACAUCAUUGGUAGUGAAAUAUAUUAAGAUGAUGGUUGACAAAGGUUUCUCGGCAAAUGCGACCACUGCGACCAUUUUGAUCAACUUGUUGUCUACUAAUCAGGCAGAUAAGACAUUACAAGAUUUUUUUCUAAAAUCUGUGUGAAAGCUUUCUAGUUCUUCAACAUGCAGGACAAAACUUCAUAUUCUAAUAUUUACAGUGCCAAUCCAUAAGAACCAUGCUCUACUGCUGUAGCCUCAUCAGCAUUUGCAGCACAAUCUGGCAUGGCCGCCACAUAAUGCAUUUUCUACUAGCUCAAAUGGCAUCUCCUCUCCAUUAAGAGAGAGAGAGAGAGAG